GCACGCAAAACCCGCUUAAGACGUUCGGUAAUGCCACCGAAAGGGCAAAGGUCACAUAAACAUGAGAAAUGGCCGACGGAACGGUGGAAGUCAUUUACAAGGGGUGGCUAAAAAAAGCCAUCACUUCCGAAAAGAAGAAGAAGAGUUUUCUCAAUCGUCAGAGCAGCACGCCGUGGAAGAAGUAUUACUUUGUGCUGCUGCGUAAGCAUGAUGAAGAAGAGGAGGAGGAAUGCCCAUUUGUUUGGACCUACGAGAAGGAACCAACAACAGAGACAGAAACGCCCAAGGCCUUGUUGAAGCUUUGGCCCCACUACCGCGUGGACAAGAAGCAUGAUGAGUCCGGCAAACACUAUAUCUUUGAGGUCCGCACUCCGCUAGAAAACCUGCGGCUGAUGUCGGAGUCGGAGACCAACAUGGACCUCUGGGUCUUCUACCUGCAAAUUCAGACCAAACUUAGGCACGACUUUCCAGGUUACUGUUUUGAGGUGACCCCAGACGAGUCGCAUCCAAUGAGCAGAAUAGGAGCCAAGGGGUCCAAGUGUCUGCUACACAUCUCCAAGUGGGGCCUAACCUUAGCUCUCAAGCGCACCAGGUCUCUCCUUGCUCAGUGGCCCCUGAAGAGCAUCCGCAUCUUUGAGAGCUCGGAGACGGGGGCGUUCUCCUUCGAGGCGGGCCGUAGCGCUCCCAUGGGGGAGGCCCGGUACCUCUUUGGUACCAACCCUGGGGAGGACGGGCGCAUGUACGACCUGUUGGAUGAGUUUACCACCGAGAUGCAGAAACAGAGGAACGACGGGUCGACUGACCCCAACCAGCCAGCCACAGAGGAAGAAGUGAUCAAGGAAUAUGAGAAGCUGAGAUUGGCCACGUUUGGCCUGCUUAGCCAAAGAUCAUCAUCAGUUCGGAGUGCAGGCACCCCCUCAGCCAGCGUGGCUGUCCCCGUUCCCGUACCCCACAGCCGAGGGCCAGCAGUGGGUUACGAUCACCUACAUAGAGGACAAGAAGAAAUUGCACGGCAACGUUCAGAGAGGCUUCCUGGUGCCACACCUACUCGGACGCAAGGCAUCCCAAUCCAUGCCAAUGCCAGCCACCCAUCAGUCUCCCCGAUGUCAUCUGGGCCCCCUCUUCCUCCACGGCAGGAGGGCCUGAGGACCCCUUCGUCCAGCUUCAAGCGUUCCUACUCGGAGCGCGGACAUAGCCUGGAGAAGUAUGGCCGGAGCCUUGAGGGGCAGCACAGCUAUCCGCUUUCCCCGGGGCACGAUCCUUACACCGUCAUGAACUCCUCCAACCCCCUCGGCAGGGGGUCCGGAGGUCGUAGGUCAUUCACCGAGAGCGACAUGCAACAGAUGGCAAGGGCCAGCGAGAGUUUCGGACCCAUCUUGGCAGCCGACAAGUUCCGACGCAUGCUGAGUAUUAGCUCCAACACAGGCAUGUCUGAGUACGAGGCAAUGGCGCUUCGGCUGGGCCACAACCCUUACCAAAACUCGGGCGUGUCGUUGCUGCCCAAUAGCUAUGAGAACACGCCUCUCAUCAGCCCAAGCCCUGGGGAUGUAGUGUUCCCGGGAUUCCCCAACAUGGGAUUUGUCAGCUCUCCACGGAGUCUCGAGUCAGGGCCUCCGUUCCCCCCAAGAAAGUACCAGCCUCCUCACAGGACCUCAGGGGUUGCGGACGUUCACUCCAGUGUGCCUGGUCAAAAUCAGCAGAUCAGGCAUACUUACUUCCAGCACAGGAUUAAUGGACCUGCCCAAAGCCCCGCUUCGAACUACAUGUCCCCUCGCGGGAAAGCAAUCCCAAAGAAGAGGUCUCCUUCAGAUCUGCCCAGCUACUCCACCAUCAAAGGGGGCACGCUUGGUCCACACCAGUACCAGGAUGUCUUUCUUUUCAACACUCCUCACGGAACCCUUCGCCGAUCAAUGUCACUGGACCACUUGUUCAGAAAUAGGACCCCUUCGGUAAGCAGCUCAAUAUCCUCAGCUCUCUCGGUAGGAUCACCCUUAAUAGGGUCCCUCGACCUGGCCGCACACUACGCCAAGUCGUCCAGAAUACCCAGCUGGAUGGGUUCUCGCCAGCUGCCCUCCCCACCCCCUCUUGGUUCCCCGGAGUUCAAUGCCUACUGCGGGUCCCCCCGCUCAGCCUUUCCACCGUUUGCAGAUUUCAAUACCUUCAGCGCCCAUGCUGCUUAUAACGAGAUCAAAGGAAACCGGAAUUCUUUCAACAACAACAACCAGAGGCAGUCGGUGGCAUCUGCAAGCGAAGCACAAGCCCAGAUGCAGGAUACUUCGUUGGAUGAAGAAGGCUACCUGGAGCCAGUUUUAAAGAUGAAGAGAUCCCGCUCAGAAGCUGACAUUCUGAACAUUGACCAUUCAGAGGCCGUCGAGACUGGAAGGAAGAAACCCCAACACCGAUCCCGCAGCAAAUCAAAGGGAUUCUUUGCAACCUUGAGAAAGCGGACUAACUCAAAUCCAAAUAUCUCCAAGGAAGGAGCAAUACCCGUGUCUUCCACCAGUGGAAGCACAGUAGAGGAAAAACCCUCUCAAUCAGUCGCUUCCUUGAUCAAACGUUCUCAGUCAAAUCCAGAUCUUCUUGAUGAGAAGCCUAUCUUCCCAUCUCCUCAGUACAAGCAGAAGAAUUUUAACGCGGCUGCAGUCAAACCUGCCAGCCACGUCACCAACGCUGCCCCUGUCAACCGACGGAGAAAGUUUGACUUCCCUCUCAAGAUCUUCCGUCAGAACAGCAAAUCCGCUGACAAGGAAGAAGCCUAUGGAAACAGCAUGGAAGGCAGCAUUGAUGAAAGUAAAUCUGAGCGGAGGAACAGUAAGUCCUCUCUAUCAGAAGCCAGGCCUGUUGAGAAAGCAGGCAUCUCACCAGGAGUGAAAGGAAUCGUUGCCUCCGAUAAGGCAAUAUCAUUUCGGAAAGCUGGCCCCUCGGGACCACUCCAGGGAAAGUCCCCCAGCCCGAAGACAAAGCCUGCCGUGGCAGCCAAGCCGGGUGUAAGUUCCCCAACAACCCCUGUGAAUGCUGCUCUACCAAGAAUGCAAUCUCUGAGUCCUGCUGAAUCUCCUGCUUUUACUCCAGCUGUUUUACCAGCUGAGAAAGCCGCCCGGGAUAGACUCUUAGAGGUGGCCAACAGACCCCUCCCAAGUCCACCCCACAGUAGUGCCCAGGCACCCACAAACACCGCCAAUCGAGCCCAGGUCAAGCGAUUCUUUCCCGGCAUGAACCAACACCGAAGCUCCUCGGAAAAUGAAGAGAUCCAAUCUGCCGUGAAAACAAAUCGGGCGAAGAAAACUCCUCCCCCACCCCCACCCCGCGAUCCAAACAUAUCCCUGGACAGGGUUUCACUGAGAUCCUCUCGUACCAACUCCAACGCCUCCGAGUUUGAGAGUACCGCUACAACAAGACGCUACUCCUCAGAAACCAGCAAAUCCCCUUGCUCUUCCGCACCAGAGAGGAGAAUCUCUGUCAACAGUACCUCACACAGAUCUUCACGUCCAGACUCAAAUGGUUCCCAGUAUGAGAAUACCAACUUCGGGUCCCUGCCAUCUGAGAUCGGUACCCCACCAGGAAGCUUUUCUGCUAGGAAUUCAGGCAUCUCAUUGGACGGAGUGAGACUUGGAAAAUCCCCCUCGUUUUCGGAGGCAGACAGACGAGACUCUUUUGCCAGUAGUUCUCACCGGUCCUCGCGCCCAAACUCCAAUGCAUCACAGUACGAGAACACUGAUGUUGGAUCCCCUAUACAGAUUGAUGGCUGCGGAAGCCUCCCAAGUAGAAAUUCAGGAAUUUUACCAGAUGGUGACAGAGUACGAAAAUCUUCCUCGUUUUCGGAGGUAGACAGAAGAUCGGUGGGGAGCACUUCUCUGCGUUCCUCACGGACCAACUCCAACGGUUCGCAAUACGAGAACACAGAAUUUUGAUCGGUUCUUCAACACGGUGUACGUAAAACAACCCAAUCUUAUUCAGAGGCGUUCCAAUUGUGGUACAUGUACAAACAUUUCCCAUUAUUUCUUGUGAUAAGAUCUUGGGCUGUGGCAUUUAGACUUUUGUAAAUACAACCUCAACUAAGCACACAUCUUGUAUUAACCCUAACUCCCAUGAGUGA